AUGAAGAUUCACCAACCCAAUCAUCAUGGCCACCACGCGCGCACAGCUGCAACGCGACCGGUGGAGAAAGAGGAAAUCCACGAGCCAAAGACGAGGUCGAUGACGCAUGCAAUUGUUCCCGUCCAUGACAAGCGCAGGGACGCAAAUGAUACGGCCACAAACCUUCCGCUCUCAAGCGGGCUGACUGACGAACGGGAAACACGGCCCAACCUCUUGUCGACCUCACUCCCUAGUUCGUCCGUGGGCAGAACCACGACCACGACCGCAGCCGCGGCAUCGUCGCUCUCGACCCUACCCCGCAACACGUCACUCUCCAAUAUUCAUUCAAACCCACUCUCCGCACUCAGCUCGGUCGCCCACGAGCAGCUGCUCGAGCUCGAGCGGUCCGAAGCGAAGAGACGUGCCGAAUACGAGGCCGCCCAUGCCCAGCUCGAAGCCCGGCUACGGGAGCGCGAAGUGGAGAUGACGGCGGUCGCGAGCAGGCGAAAGGUCGGGAGGCGUGUCUGGAGCAAGAGUGCAAAUGCCAGUCCAGACUCGACCCCCUUCUUUGGUCCGAUAGCCGACGGUCCUCGGCUUCGUUCGCGGUACGACAUGGACGCAGACGAGGAAGACGAGGAAGAAGAGGACGAGGAGGACGAGUACGGUCCCACGAAACGCGCGCUCUAUCACGACUCUAGGUACACGCAACACACUGUGUAUUGUGAUGGCGAGUCUGUGCUGGGCGGUCUCGUCCCGCGGAUGCCCUCGUGCCACCACGAGGAAUGCCACAAGUCGUACCGUACCCUCCUCCGUCUCGCCAAUCCUCGGUCCGGGACGUCGACUCCUGCUCAUGCCCCGCAACACCACCAUGUCGGGUCCGCUGGACCUUCUCACCGGGCCGCUCAUCGACACCACCCAUAUGAACAAACCGUUGGCAGCCGCAAGACGUCUCCUGGUGACUCGACCCCUAGUCCAAUCUCGGAAGAGGAUCGUUUGUUGCCUCCAUUGAGCGCCAUCUCGUCUGCCUCGUCGCGCCGAGAGCACCCGUAUUCUGCAGGCUCCUCAGCCUUCUAUGAAGAGCACCCUUACCAGACACCUUCCACGUCACCUUUCCUUCACGCAGUGAGAAGCAUGAACAUGGGCAAGAGCCGAAACGGAUCUCGCGUCCCGAGUCGGGCUCCAAGUCCAGUCCCACUGCAUUUGCCGCCCUCUGUCGUUGCUUCUGCUGCUACGACGAAAUCAUCAACGUUGUCUGCGGCUGCCGAUACCCCAACGUUUGUGCGGGAUCGCCAUCACCGUUCACAUCGUUCCCACCCAUCCCUUUAUUCGACUACCAUGGGCCACGGUGCAGGCGCAAUGAGUCCGCCCGAUGCAUUGGGUCGCACUCGCGACUUUGAACAUCAUCACGGACAUGGUCACCGCGAACACCGAGAGGGUUGGCAGCCUUAUCCGCAUUCCCACGGUGGCACACCCCCUGGCACUCCGGCGCCGAUAACCAUGAUGUCCCGACGGAAGAAGACGAGCACGACGAGUCCGACGGUUGCAAACUCGAAGCAUUCAAUCGAUGCUCUCCUCGCUGGUCCAGCGACGGCUGUUGUGAACAAUUCCAAUGCGACAAGUACUCAUGACUUUGAAUCUGUCAUGACUGAUAAUCACUCGGAGAUGCCGGGUUCAAGCCUGCAUCCAUCGCUCUCGACCCAGUUCCCACCGCCGCCGAGGCGCUCUCGACCAUCUAGUGAAUACGAUGCGACCCUUUCCCCAACUCGAUUGAGCCCUGCGAAUGGCUCUGUUCUUCACUCAUCGAUGCUCAAUCAUGGCAAGACGGCAGACAGCACUCUACCCAAGAUGCCACCCCUUGUCCCCGGCCUGCCGUCUCCAUCUCCUUCGACGUCGUUUUCACAACCACAUGGAACUCAUGCGCAUAGUAAUCCUUCUUCAGCACAGACGUCGCCUCGUUUGCAUCACGCACAGACGCAGUCUGCGUUCUCAUCGAACCUGCACCCGACCACGGCACACCCGACCACGGCACACUCGACAUUGGCGCACUCUGUUCGUCUCGCGUUUGGGAUGACACCAAUUCAUCCACCGUCCUACUUUAGCACCUCUAGCACACGUGGUCGGAGUAUGGUUGGGUUCGGAAGCUCGAGUAUGCGAGCCACGGCCGCUGGUGGAUUCUCUGGUUCAAACACGAACCCUCCUUCGAUGGCUCCGUCGCGGACUGGAUCUGCAGAGUCGGACGAUGAAGAAGGAGAUCGACGUGGAUUGACUCUCCCGCCACUCAAAUUCAAGACCCAAGGCACAAGUAGUGUCCUUAGGACGCCCGAAGAGGUCGAGGACCGUACGGUGCGGAUGACUGCUGAUGACGACGAGGAAGAGCGAGGAUUGCCUCAUCUCGAGACGCUCACUGGCAAGCUGGGCAAGCUGGCUCGCGAGCUCAAUGAAGAUGUUGAGAUGCACGUGCAGUAG